AUGAUUCCACACAUACAGAAACAAGUCAGUUAUGUUGUAGUAAAGCCAAUAGAUGAAUAUGCUGGAGAUUUAGCCUCAAAUGGAUCGUGGUUUGGACUUUUAGGAAAAAUUGUAAAUCAGCCAAUAGAUGAAUAUGCUGGAGAUUUAGCCUCAAAUGGAUCGUGGUUUGGACUUUUAGGAAAAAUUGUAAAUCAGGAAGCUGAUUUUACUGCAAUUGGUUUUGCAAUCACUCCUCUGCGCUAUCAAUUUAUGAGGUAUUCAUCAGUAUUCGGCUUUCAGUCGAUCGGAUUUGUAAUCAAAACUCCUACAAUAAUUUCUGACUUGAAUUCAAUUACAAAGCCUUUCUCAUUAAAAAUAUGGAUCGCUACAUCAUUGGCCAUUCUUCUAUUUGGAUUCAUAUUACACAAAGUGAUGGAAAAAGAUUUCAUAACAGAAAAAUCAGAAGUACGUUGGUCUCGAUAUAAAAUAUAUUGGGAAUUAUUUUCCACGCUUACGUAUCAAGGAUUGGAUCUGAAAGUAGUAAAGCGAUUUCCAUCUAGAUUCAUGAUAGGCAUUUGGUGGCUGUCGAUUAUUGUGUUAGCAUCCUGUUAUGGUGGGACGUUAAUGUCUUACAUGACAUAUCCUUUAACAGAAUUUUAUCCGAGAAAUUUUAAAGAACUGGAAGAAUCUGUUCAGAAGAAUGAAUAUACGUGUGGCACAGCGGCAGGAAACAUUAUUUGGAGAGAAAUGCUCAACUCGAAGUCCGAAAAUAUGAAAAUAUUGAAAGAUCAUAUUUCAUCGAGUAACAAUUUCAUAUCUAUGCCGUAUGCAUUGAAUCGAGUGCAAGAAGAGCGUUUCGCUUAUAUAUUGCAUCAUUAUGUAAUAAAAAAUUCUAUCAAGAAAGAAGACAAACACAAAUAUAUGAUUUCGAGAGACUCUCUGUUUAUGAACCUUCUUGCUCUUCCCAUGAGUAAAGGAUUUCCAUACGAAAAAAACAUAACUACUAUAGUAACUCGUAUUUUUGAGGCAGGAAUUGCUCAAAGAGUAUUUCCUUCGGAAGAUUUGGAAUUGCCGAAAUCUUCGGAAUUCCGAGCUUUGACGUUAGAUAAUUUUGCUAGUGCUUUAUUACUACUCGUAACUGGCUAUUUGCUAUCAAUUGUUUGCUUUGUGGUUGAAAUUAUAUAUGCAUACUUCACUGGAUUUAUGAGAAAAUGCCUUUAUUAG